UGGCACAUGGCAGUGGAAAAGUUGCACAAACUGAAAGAUCCUUGGAAGAAGUUCAAACUGUACAACUAUCCGGCCGAACAUGCAAUCAGGCAUCGGUACAAUGCAAAGAAGAGGGAGUGGGUCAAGGAUGAUGUCAUCAUCAAGAUGGAGAAUGAGCCUUUCAACAGUGGUGCCAUGAGGACAUGCUACAGGCUGAAGACAAUGGCCCACGAGCUAGCGGAUUGGAGUUCGCAAUCUCGAAACUACGUGGCCAAGCAGUACAUGGAGGAGGUGAGUGAGGAGGUCUACAAGUUGGAUGUUCAACUGCAGAUGGAUGCCAAAUUGUGUGGGGAGGCCUACAAUAGACUUCGACCUCCUAAGCAGGUGGAUAUCCUGCAGAUGAGUGUGUUGGAGUUGAAGGAUCGUCCCGACCGUCCCUUCUUUCAUUUAGAACAUUACAUCCAUGGUGACUACAUCAAAUACAACUCUAACUCUGGUUUCGUUGAAGAAAGUCUUCGAAUGACACCACAGGCAUUCAGUCAUUUCACAUUCGAGCAUUCGGGCCAUCGCUUGAUUGUUGUGGACAUCCAGGGGGUCGGCGACCUAUGGACUGACCCUCAGAUCCAUACAGACGACGGUCUCAAAUAUGGGGAUGGAAAUCUCGGCACCAGAGGCAUGGCCUUAUUCUUCCAAUCACAUCGAUGCAAUGACAUCUGUAGGUCACUGAGACUCGCCAAGUUUGACCUUUAUGAACAUUUACAAACGCCAACAAAUAAUUUUGCAAAGAAAUACGAAGGGACUCGUUUGAGGGGCAGAGAGGAGGGCAUUGACCUUGGAUCAUCCCCUUACCUUUCAUACUCCCUCACCUCUGACCCCAUGGCUGUCUUCAGAAACCGCCUGAAAACAAACUCCACAACAUCAGACUGUGAUGACAAAGUUAUGGCUAGAUCCAGAUCAUCAUCAUCAUCUUCAUUGUCACUUUCAUCGUCAUCAUCUUUUCACCACAAUCAUCAUACUCGUCAUUCUUCCCAUCAUCUUUCCACCAACAUCAUCACCAUCAUUCUUCCCACCAUCUUUUUACCACCACCAUCAUCACCAUCAUUCUUCCAAUCAUCUUUCCACCACCACCAUCGACACUUGAUAACAACCGACCAGAAUAUCCAGAUGGCGUUGAAGAGAGGAGCCAGGGCGUCGUGUGUGGCCAUGGAAAUGAAGAGGAGGUCGGUGGAUGUUGUCAUGCAGGAUUCUGUGCUCGGGAAGAUUCACCAUGACCUGGCCAAGUACCAUGAAUCAGGAAGAUUCGUGAAGGAUGGGGAGGAUGUGGACGCUAAGGCAGCUCUCUACCAUGAGCAGCUGGCAGCUGACCUUGGGGUGACCGAAGCAGCCCUGACCUUGGCCUACAUACACCUGGGCAUGCCCCAUGAUGUCCUUUCAAGUAUCACGGUUGGUCAGUCGAAAGAAGACAAAGAAACAGGCUUCAGAUACAUGCGCACGGCAGCUAGCAACAACGAUCGCAAAGCCAUGAUCUUCCUUGCUAAGGCCUAUGAAACUGGUGUGGGAUUGCCUACAAAUUGGUCAGUGUCCUACUUAGAAGCAUGUGCCUGGUACGAACGCGCCCUCGAUUGUUUGAACGGAAGUAGCAGUAGCCAGGAGUUCGACUCAACGAUGGACGAUCCCAGCUAUCAGAUCAAGGCAGCCCUAGCCAACAUGUAUCUCCAGGGGGGGAACAACUUGAAAGUGGACCCUGCCAAAGCUGGUGACUUAUACACGGAAGCAGCCGAUGAAGCCAUGGAAGCCAUGAAGGGAAAGUUGGCCAACAAGUUCUAUGCGCUGGCAGAAGAGGCUUAUGCU